UUCAGAAUCUUUAAGUGAAGUUUCAACUAAUAAUUAAUCCAAAACAAACAAACAAAAUUUAUCAAAAACCGUUUUUGUUUAGCGAUGGAUGAAGAUGGAAGUAGUCGAUCUCCUUCAGCUGAUUCCGACGAUUCCGCAAGCUCUGACAGUUCUUCAAUGGCGGAUUCCCCCUGCUCUCACUGUUGGCGUGGCCCCUUCUACUUCGCCAUGUCCUUAACCCUUGCCUACCUCGCCGUCACAACGAUGAAACACUCCGCCCCGGAAAACCCACCACCCCCGCCGCUCCACGGCCUCGCGCUCAACGCCUCCGCCGUCCUCCGCCGCCACGGCGGCUUCCACAUAACCGCCGCCCUCCUCCAAGUCUCGCCGGACCUCUUCUUCUCCGGCAACGCCUCCACCGUCUUCGCCAUCCAGGACUCCGCCUUCUCCAACCUCUCAAUCCCGCCGUGGGAAAUGCGGCAGCUCCUCCUCUCCCACGCCGCCCCCUCCGCCCUCCCCACGGCGGAGCUUCUCAAGAAACCCCCUGGCUUCUGCUUCAAAACCCUCGCCGAAAACAAGAACCUGGUCAUCACAAAGAACAACCCGAAAACGGGCCCGAUCACAAUCAACAACGUACCCAUUUCCGACCCGGAUAUAUUCCUCGAAGGCCCGUUCUCAGUCCACGGCGUUCUCCGGCCACUCAACGAGAUUCCGGCGCCGGCGUGCGGCUUCUCCGACCACCGGAAUGUCGAAUGGACGGGGAUCAUAAAACUGCUGAGCUCCAACGGAUACGUUUCUUUUGCAAUCGGACUGAACGCGGUUCUCGAUAAGAUCGUUCGGAAUUACGAGAAGUUGAGCUCGGUAACCGUUUUCGCUCCGCCGAAUUCCGGGCUCAUAUCGUCUCCGUCGCCAUUCUUGGAUAGAAUUGUGAGGCUUCACAUUCUGCCUCAAAGGCUUAAUUACAUGGAAUUGAUCGCAACGAAAAAUUCGUCUCUCAAGACUCUGAUUCCGAGCUUUGAUUUGAAGAUCGAAAAGUUUACGCAAACUCUCGUGAUUGACGGGGUCGAGAUUACGAGGCCCGAUUUGUUUUCGUCGGAGACGUUUGUUGUUCAUGGGAUUCCAGGGAUUUUGAUGUUGUUGAGCUUUUCAGUUCAUUCAAAUAGUUUUGUUUUAGAUGAAAUUCUUUGCUUGGUGAUUUAGUUUCUUCAUCUUGUAAUUAGGAUAAAUUGAUUGAACAAGUAUACAUACAAUAUUCAUUACUUGAAAA